AUCCGUCUACGGUCAACCGCGACACUCACCGAGCGACUUGUUGAGUUCUGCGUGAAAGUCCAGUCCUCGGUCUCCCCAUGCCUCCAUCUCCUCUCGACGACAGAAUUGUGGUGGCGCUGCCAAGGCCGAUCCGACCUCAGGAACUCCAAUUGCGCCUGGACACCAGCUACCUGGACUCCAUCACCACCAGCAGCAGCGACAAGACAGUAAUCAGCACCACCGUGGUGAAGAUCCGGGCGACGGCCAAUCUUGUAACGUAUAUGCCCUCAUCCAAGGGCUCCACGCGCUCAUUGUCGUGUGGAUGCAGCAGUGCUAGCUGCUGCUCUGUCACCACCUAUGAGAAGGACAGCCAGAGCCUCAGCCACAGCCAGGUGAGCGCAAGUAGCCCCAAUCUCAGCUACGCUGGGCCCCCUACCCCCAUGGUCAGCAGCCAUGAAGCAUUAAGUGCCCCCAGUCUCGCCCCAGGCACACCAAAGGCCCUGUCCACCUUGAGGGUCAUCCACCCUAAUGAGCUGGCCAAGCGGAUGACCUGCUGUCCCAUGGGUCACCCUGUGGGGCCUGUGCCGGUCAUCAUUGACUGCCGGCCCUUCAUGGAGUACAACAAGAGCCACAUCCGGGGCGCCGUGCACAUCAACUGCUCCGACAAGAUCAGCCGGAGGCGGCUGCAGCAGGGCAAGAUCACUGUGCUGGACCUCAUCUCCUGCCGUGAGGGCAAGGACUCUUUUAAGGGCAUCUUCUCCAAAGAGAUUGUGGUUUAUGAGAGCACCACAGACCCCAACCGGCUGACAUCCACCCAGCCUCUACAUGUGGUCCUGGAAUCACUGAGGAGGGAGGGCAAGGACCCAAUCAUCCUCAAAGGAGGCCUUAGCAGCUUUAGGCAGAGCCAUGAAAACCUGUGUGAGCACUCGCUGCACCUUCAUGAAAGCUUGGACACGGGCGCAGCUGCUGGCCUGACGGGGGCUCUACCUCACUCCCUGCCCUCCACCCCGGACAUAGAGAACGCAGAGCUGACGCCAAUCCUGCCCUUCCUCUAUCUGGGGAACGAGCAUGAUGCUCAGGACAUCAACCUGCUGCAGCGCUUGAACAUCGGCUACAUCCUAAAUGUGACCACCCACCUGCCGCUCUACCACUAUGACACGGGCCUCUUUGUCUACAAGCGUCUGCCCGCCACCGACAGCAACAAGCAGAACCUGCGGCAGUACUUUGAGGAGGCGUUUGAAUUCAUUGAGGAAGCACACCAAGCGGGUAUGGGCCUCUUGAUCCACUGCCAGGCAGGCGUGUCUCGUUCAGCCACCAUUGUGAUCGCCUACCUGAUGAAGCACACCUGGAUGACCAUGACGGACGCCUACAAGUUUGUCAAAACCAGGAGGCCCAUUAUCUCCCCGAACCUUAUCAUGGGCCAGCUGCUGGAGUUCGAGGAGGACCUCAACAAGGAAUAACGCCACGAAUUCCUCACACCAAAGCUGAUUGGUGUGGAAACCAUCGUCUAAAUUAAGCUCUCGACCCUCCGAUGCUCGCACUUUUACCAAGUCUCCGUCUGCCAGCGGAGAUGGGCUGCUCUGAGCCGAUUUGGAGUGUGAGAGUCGCCGUAUUUUCCUUGAUUCUCGAGAGUGCCAAAGCUCUGGGUCA